UCUUUUAUUAAAAGAGUUCGUACUUUAAGUGCGUAGUAUACACAGGCGAAAUGACCCACAGCAUACAUUUCCCAGUGUUCAUUCGGUAGUUGACCGGAAACGGGAAGCGCAAACCGGAAAAGGUGACAGGUUCGACAUGGCAAGCGGAGCAGAUCAAGCUGUAGGUUUGGGCCUCGUUGGCUUCAGUCUCUUACUGUUCACAUACUACACCAUAUGGGUUAUUGUCCUGCCAUUUGUCGACAGCGAUCACGCGAUCCACAGCUAUUUUCUUCCUCGAGAGUACUCUGUCAUACUUCCUGGUGUAGCAGCAUUGAUACUCUUACUCUGUGUUGGUACCUUCAUCGGAAUAGUAACAUGGAAGAAUCGUAAACCAAAGAAAGCCGACUAGGACUCAAAUAAGGGACGUGAUGAUGACUCAAAAAAGGACGUGAUUAUAACUCAGCCUGGGUACCAGCUCCUGCGCGAAAGUCUCAUUAGUGUUAAACCGUUCUCUCAAGCUUCCUGGCUUUUCAUGUAGCAGACAGGAAAUGACCAAUGAGUGUAAAGGAGCCUAUUAGAGACCACAAACGGUAAAAAUGUUUACUCAUUAAUGUAUAUGUGGAGACUUCAUUCUAAUCCAGAUGAAAAUAAGCAUUACUCUCCUAUCUGCUGUUACACUGUGCACAGUUUUUGUGUUCAGUAACCACUAAAACAUUACUGUUAUGCAUUUUUGCCCGCCUGUUAGGUUGUAAAUAGAGAUAAAUGUGUGCUAGUAAAGUAUAAAAAGGCACCACAUGCUCAGUGCUGAUUGAUGAGAUGUUAAUAAGAGAUGGUACACAUAUCAGUUUUUUUUGUACACGCUGCAAUAAAUGAUUAUUACAUAAAUCUG